ACUGGCUCUUUCAUUCACUUAGCUCCCACUUCACUCUCUUUUCUGCCUCUCCUCUCGCGUCCCACUCCUCAUUGCUGGAAACUCACCACCAAAGAUCAACCCUGUGACAACUAACGACCUAACUCCCCCACCUCCCCCCCUCCCCACCUCAUCAUCCACAUACUGAUUUAGCUUUAAACCCACCACCAAAGGAAGUGUGUCAAGUCUCAAGAUCCAGAGAUAUCCGCCAUGACACAACUCAACGGGGAGGAUUCGCAGAGAGCCCGACGAGGCCUCCGGCAGAUCCAGGCCAGCAUCCAGUCCCGCUCGCUGCUGGCCAGGAAGAGAGUGUCGAACAUCAGCAAGAAAAAUGUGAAGGGCUUUUUCAUAAGCAACGCCUUCGUCAUAUUCACCGUAGCAGCGGUUAUCAUCGGUAUCAUUCUGGGGUUUGGCCUGCGGCCGUACAACAUGUCCUACCGCGACGUCAAGUUCUUCUCUUUCCCUGGAGAGCUGCUAAUGAGGAUGCUGCAGAUGCUGGUGCUGCCCCUGCUCGUGUCCAGCCUCAUUACGGGCAUGGCCGCACUAGACAGCCGCACAUCGGGUAAAAUGGGCAUGAGGGCGGUGGUCUACUACACCACCACAACGGUCAUUGCCGUGUUCAUUGGCAUCGUCAUGGUGCUCAUCAUCCACCCUGGUAAAGGCUCCAAGGACGAGUUCACCAAUCAGCAGCAAAUCGAACGUGUUAGUCCCGCUGACGCCUUUCUGGACCUUAUCAGGAACAUGUUCCCUCCAAACCUUGUGGAAGCGUGCACCAAACAGUUCAAGACGCAGUACGCCAAGAGGGUGGUCCACAUCAAAGUAACGGUCAACGAGUCGGUGUUCCUGCUCAACGGGAGUCAGGUGUUGGCAAGGGAGGAGAUGAUCCCCGUACCGGGCGCCGUCAACGGGGUCAACGCGCUAGGCCUGGUGGUCUUUUCCAUGUGCUUCGGGUUGAUCAUCGGGGGUAUGAGGGACCAGGGACAGCCCCUGAGGGACUUCUUCGACUGUCUCAAUGAGGCCAUCAUGAGGCUGGUGGCCAUCAUCAUGUGGUAUGCCCCCAUUGGUAUCCUCUUCCUGAUCGCGGGUAAAAUCGUGGAAAUGGAUGACAUCACUUCAAUGGGCGGCCAGCUGGGAAUGUACACGAUCACUGUCAUCUGCGGCCUGCUAAUUCACGCCAUGGUGGUCUUGCCUACUCUCUACUUUGUGGUCACCCGGAAAAACCCCUUCGCCUUCAUCGCCGGGCUGCUGCAGGCCCUCAUCACGGCGCUAGGAACGUCCUCCAGUUCGGCCACGUUGCCCAUCACGUUCAAGUGCCUCGAGGAAAACAACAAAGUGGACAAGCGCGUGACCCGCUUUGUGCUCCCCGUUGGCGCCACCAUUAACAUGGACGGUACGGCCUUGUACGAAGCGCUGGCGGCCAUCUUUAUCGCUCAGGUGAACAACUACGACCUCAACUUUGGGCAGAUUCUCACCAUCAGCAUCACAGCCACAGCAGCCAGCAUCGGAGCGGCCGGAAUCCCCCAGGCGGGGCUGGUUACCAUGGUGAUAGUUCUCACGUCGGUGGGCCUACCCACUGAUGACAUCACACUCAUCAUCGCUGUUGAUUGGUUUCUGGACCGACUGCGCACCGUUACCAAUGUCCUGGGAGACUCCAUAGGCGCAGGCAUCGUGGAGCAUCUAUCUCGCCACGAGUUGACCAAAGACCCGGAGGUGGCCCACUCGGCAGCAGCGGAGGAAGCAGGCAAGAAGCCCUACCGGCUCAUCUGCCAGGAAAACGAGUACGAGAAUGAGAGGCCCGCCGUUGACAGCGAAACCAAAAUGUAGCACAGUUUUCUUUUUUACAACGUCAAAAUAUUUCACUUCCAAAAUUUGACACUUCAUCCCAAAUGAUCAAAGGGUGCAAACUUUUUUUAUAGGGACCGAGCCCUGCUACAAAUAGCGAAACAAAAAAAAAACAGGGCUAAAUGACACCCC